AACAAUGCUGCGGAUAACAUGUAAACAUUUCAGUUUGUAAUAAAAGUUUUCUGAAAAUUAUGUCAACGAUGAGCACAGUUUGUUAUACGUUAGACCAGCUCCUGGUGGUCGUUUUUACUUUCGCGUUAAUAUCCACGAGAUUUUCAAACGCAGACGAAUAUUCAUCGCAGCAAGCAACGAGAAAAAAUCGUCUGCUUGAACGACAUCCCCGUGAUGUCGCGAGCAGUCGUGCGAGUGUUCGGAACACACUCGGAAAUGUACUACUCUUUACCGGCAAAGGCGAGUUUAUCCGAUUGCGUGGAUACAAUGACGACACUGAUGACGUCAGAGACUUCAUCUUGCCAAAUAAGGAGUUUUCCGCUCAGGUCUGGGUGAAACCGGAAGGAGGGCAAUACAGAUAUACUCCUAUCUUAGAUGUGUUUGACGAAUGUAAGAAGUCGUCUAGUUACGGUUGGUCGCUGGGUAUCGCUCUUCCAGAUCACACGCGAGACAGUGCGAGAUUUGUAUUCACCGUCUUCCAAGAUGGCACCCGUCGCGCCACGGACGUGUUCGCGCACCGUCCGUACAACCACAACGUCUGGACGCACGUUGCUGUGACGUUUGAUGGCAUCUACGCGCGGCUUUACGUCAAUGGCGCGGAAAUAACGGCUAAAGCGGAGCGAGAGGGCGUGGUUUUCAGGGACGCGUUUGCCAAAUGCGUGGGAAUGUUCCUUGGUGGUUCACCUGACGAUGACAUUUAUUUCCGUGGAAGAAUUGCCGGGUUAAAACUAUGGAGUAGAAAGUUGGAUCACUCUGAAAUCGUCAACGAAAUGAAAGACGUUUCAUUUGAAAAACCUGACCCUAGUUUGGUUGUUUCUGAUAUUUUUGCCGAUCUUGAAAACUGGGAAGUUCUGUCGGAUGCAAUCCCGUACCUAGCUACCUCUGACAUACAACUUCCGGUUCACACGGUCCGGUUGGAGGCGCCAUCUUGCGGACGGACGGUCUGCGAUGAUCCGGAAGUGGUUUUGAGUUACGUCAAUAAUACAGACCUCAGAGAUCGGAAACGUAUAAAGUACCGCAUAGUUAACGUCAUGGGAUCCAACGGGAAGAAUCCCCCUGUCUCAGACAAAGCCAUCUACGAACAGCACAAAGCAUUGAACAAGGCAUUUGAGCCGUACAAUGUAAGAUUUGAACUCGACCAAAUUGACGUGCAGAAUUCCACACUCGCAGAAAAGGUGGUCAUGUUUGACUGCGCUCCAUUCAUGGUGGGAAACGGUCAUUGUGAUGUCGAGUGCGCCCACUCGACCACCGGAAAUGACGGAGGCGAUUGUGACCAGGUUAAAUCCGAAUGUGCUCCUCGGUUGCUAGGCAACGGCGUGUGUGACUCUGAAUGCAACAAAGCAUACCAUAACUAUGACAACGGUGACUGCUGCCUUCCAGAUAUCAAAGAUGUAGCAAUGUGUCUCGAUCCUGUCAGCACUUUACGCGGGUUCGUGCACGUGGACGAGAUAAAACAGUGGGUCGGGCUAAGUGGUGGUGAUGCAAUCAAUGUCUACAUUGUGACGUCAUCAUGGAACGCGCGCACGUUCAGGGGCGUGUCUACGUAUCCAUGGGAGAAGAACGUUUACACAACUAUGGGGGGUCUGGUUCUACAUGCGGCCACCUUGGGAAGCCCCGAAACGUUCCUGACACUCGUGCACGAGAUGGGCCACGCGUUGGGCCUCUGGCACGUGCACAGGGGUGUGUCCGAGAUGGCAUGUGACGACCCGUGCUACGAGAACAAGCCGUCAAUGAACCUUGGUGAUCUUUGUUCCGACACAAAUCCCACUAUCCGGAAUAGCCGCUGUGGCGACCCGUUACCUAGCAACGCCGACACGUGCGGGAAACAACGGUUCGUUGAUACGCCAUAUCGAAACUACAUGGGUUAUGCGGACGACACUUGUGUAUCAGAGUUUACGCAGCAGCAAGUUGCCCGGAUGCACUGCUACCUUGACCUUGUGUAUCAACCAAUGAGGGACAUGAAACGACCUUCACCUGUACCCCUCGCACCUAAGGUCUUAUCCGCGGGUGAUGGGAGUGUGCAGCUGGUGUGGCUGGAACCGCUGGGUCUCGGAACAGGAUGUGACGUCACAGACGCACUCCACCAGUACGCCGUGAGCGCCACUUCUUCACACACCGGCGUCCGCUGGGAGCCACAUCAGGCUACAGGCUUUCCAGACGCUGAGAAGUGCUCUAACAAUUCUUACACGUGGCGGCCUUUCCACUCUGACCUUCACCCCGCCUGUGACCUUGAACCCUGCUGGAUACAGCUUACAUUCCAACAGCCUGUAAAACCUACGAGACUGAGUAUCUGGGUGACGGAUAUACGAGAGGACAUGAACUUGGUGGUGCAACUGCUGUCACCGGAAGGGACGGUUGCCGGCGAGGCGGAAGUGCCGGCGUUUUGUGACGUUGAGGCCACCGUUACGUUUGACGUUGACUUGAAAGUGGACAAGGUCCGCAUCGUCACCGAGGAUAGUUACCUGGCUAUUGAUGCCGUCGAGCUGGUUUCCAGUCCGGGAUUCCCGGACUGCAUGAACCGGAAGCCGCCAAAAUACCGCCUUAUUCGCAGUCCGCCACUUCCGGCUGGAGAUGAAGUCGUGGAGGGAACUGAAUAUGUGGACACGAGCGUACAAAAAGAUGUGCAGUACCGAUACGCCGUUGAUGUAUUGCAGGGCACAAGAGCGAGCGUAACGUCACCGGAACUUGUGUACACGCACGGGGCCGCGUUCUGUGGAAAUGGACUCGUUGAUAGCGGGGAAGAAUGUGAUGACGGGAAUGCGGCGGAUGGGGACGGCUGUACACUCUACUGUCGCCUGGAGGACAACUUCCGGUGUACAGGUUCCCCGAGUUUAUGCAGCACAGAAGCCCGGGACAAGAACAAGUGCGACAACUCUGACGGCAAGGGCAGGUGCGAGUUAACCGCCCCUGAAGAGUUCAUUGACCAAUGGGCUUUCGAUGCUGUCACCAAUCCGGAACACGAGACCACCGAGUGUCCCGCUUCCAUGGUAACCGGCAAACCAGAUCGUUUGGAGAAAUGUUCCUCCCAGCCGGACCCAGCGUUCUGGAGGCCAUGCCGUGAAGCCCUUGAAGUCACGGGUUAUUAUUGGAUCCAGGUUGACAUUUACAAACCAGUAGUCGCCACGGCCGUGCUGAUCCAUCUGGGUUCGGACGGACGGACGGUGUACGACCAGCAGACCAAGUCGCUGUACGUGGAACUGGUGUCGGCGGACGGCCGCCUGGUGGCACUGGGGGCGGAACAUCCGGCCAACUGCGAGAACAACCCGGUGCAUGUCCCCGCCGUGCAGGACCUCAGCAAACCAUUCAUCCUAACUAAAGGCGUACGUAUCAGUUUUACGUUCUCAAGUCUGAGCAUCCACGCCGUCCGGGUCCGUUCCUCGCCGCUCAUCAACCCACCGGAAGUUGCGUCAUGCACACGCGAUCAGCUGUACAACACGCGCGCAGGCGUUUGCGUCAGUGACACAUGCGCGAAGGUCACGUGUGGAGAGUUUCCGGUCAAGCACGGGGAGGCGGUGUGCUCGGGGAGUAGUGAGGGAGACACGUGCAAAGUACAAUGUAGUGACGGAUACUACCUUGAGGGUCAUGCCAACAAGGCUACGUGUGUUGACGGCACCUGGCGGACCCUGUCCCCGCUCACGUGUGCGCCUGUUGAUUGUGGGCGCCCGGAAAUAGACCUGGCCACCGUCGCUUGUCCGGAGGGGACAACGUAUGCCAAGAAGUGUGUUUUCAAGUGUGAUAAACCCGCGGCUCUCGUUGGUGACGAUGCCAGCAUCACAUGUUUGCGGUCCGGGAGCUGGUCACCUGCCCUGGCCUCUUGUGACGUGCAGUGUGAGGCGCUGGGCGGCGUACGCUACUUAAACGGGAAGUUGAAGACAUCGGGUUGCAGUAAAGGGCCACAGGGGGUCGGGCAGCUCUGCAAGGUCAAAUGUCUGGACAGUUUCCACGUGGAGGGGCGUGGCAGUAAGCGUCGAUACCUCCAACUGAUGUGUGACGAAGACGGACAAUGGCAUGGUCCCACGUGCGUUCCUAUCACGUGUCCGCCACUUCCGGUCAAGUACACAGGCGCUGUCACGUGCACACGUGGUCUCCAACUUAAGUCUACAUGUGUUAUGAACUGUUCUAGGGAACCGCAGGUAUUGAAGCAAAAGAUACGGUGCGAGGGAGACGGUGCAUGGAGCUCCGACCUGGAGCCGUGUUCCAUCAGGGCUACCUGUCCGCCGCCCGUCACUUCCGGAGGCGUUAUGUUCGACUGUACCAAGGAUGAUCCGGAUGUAUGUUCGGUUCGAUGCGGUCGGGACAAACAAGCCGCGCUAAAAACCCCUUCAUCUAGCGGACCGGAGGAGAGUUUGUUUGCCCCCUGGAGCGGGGAUCAGGUCACGUGUACUGUUAUACAACUGUGGGAACCGCCCCUAGAGGAUAUACAUUGUGUACAGCAGUGUAACGAGUUUUCCGUUGGGGACGGUUUCUGCGACGGCACCAACAACCGAGCAGCGUGUGGUUGGGACGGCGGCGACUGCUGUCCGUCCACGGUGUACGGCGGUGUGGUGUACACCUUCCCGGAAGAUUGCACCUAUCCAUGUGAAUGCAAGGACCCGCUUGCGAUCGAAAAUAGACGCCGAAAACGAAGACAUAAACAUUUCUACACAAGACGCUGAAUUUUAUAAGCCUGUUUAUAGUGCCGUUGAGUAAAAAUUG